AUGCAGACGUUUUGGCUCUUGCUGCUAGCACUGAGCUGCGUGUAUGGAGAAGGGGAAUACCAUCGUCACACGAAUAACUGGGCAGUGAUUGUUGAUACUUCUCGCUUUUGGAGCAACUACAGACACGUUGCCAAUGCGUUGUCACUCUAUCACUCCGUGAAGCGCCUUGGUAUUCCAGAUAGUCAGAUCAUCCUGAUGCUGGCGGACCAAAUGCCAUGCAAUGCUCGUAAUUGUUUUCCAGGUCAAGUCUUUAACAGCCGAACACAGAAGAUUAAUCUGUAUGGAAAGAAUGUCGAGGUGGACUACCGCGGCUUGGAAGUCUCUGUUGCCAACUUUAUUACUGUCCUCACUGGCCGCCACGAACCUGGAACACCAGCAUCGAAGAAGCUUGACACGGACGAGAACAGCAACAUUUUUCUUUACAUGUCAGGGCAUGGCGGCGACGGCUUCCUGAAAUUUCAGGAUUUUGAAGAAAUGUCCAGCCAGGACCUUGCCGAUUCCAUCCAAGAAAUGCACGUCAAGAAACGUUACAACGAGAUCUUCUUCAUGGUCGACACGUGCCAGGCAGGUUCGCUGUCCAAUGCCCUCGAGUCCCCAAAAGUUGUGACUAUCGGCAGCUCAAAGACGGGUGAAAACUCGUACGCGCAUCACUCUGACUCUGAGUUGGGGCUUGCUGUCAUCGAUCGCUUUACCUUCUCGACACUGGACUACCUGCAACGUAUGAAGGUCGGCAAUUCCAUCCGCAAUGGAACACUCCUUGAUCUCUUCAACUUUUACGACCCAAAGAUGCUCCUGUCGACACCUGAUUAUCGAACCGAUAUCUUAGGGCGUUCUAUUGGCGAAGUUCCCAUCACGGACUUUUUCGGCUCCAUGCUGGAUGUGCACCUUCACUUUGAUGAAGAAGCGUAUCCGAUUGAGGCCACACCUGCCGUUCCCAUUUCCAGCUCUGAGGCCACGGCGACAACGAGUUUAAAAGACUCUGUCAGUGAGCUGAACGCUUGUACACAAUGCAAGAAGGACCUGACUGCAACAGGCGCGCGAAGCUUUGGGUUUACCAGAGAUUUCAUGGCUGCAGUUACUGCGGUCGUGAUUGUUGCCAUGUUUGUGGCCAUCAAGUCAAUCUAA